AUGGAAGACAAUGGUGAAGAAGACGUGUCGUACAUUGACUACGAAACCUUUCUCGACCCCGGCUUCAGCCCCUCCUCUUUCGCCAACAAUCUCGUGCUUGCGACAAACAACCCGACCGACACCCCGCUAGACCUGUCGACGCCGCUCUCCAAGGUCCUCUUCGACGCCCAAGAGGUCGACUCGCACAUCGACCUCCUCACAACCCGCUCCGCCGUCGCCCUCCUUUCCCAUACCAGAGACCAGACCGAAGCCAGCACGCGCAUAAUAUCCGAGAUCGACAGCCAGGUCAAGAGUUUGAACGACAGCUACAAGCAGCUGGAGAAGGAGGUCAUACAGAAACAUGCCGAAGCCGACGAAGUGCGCCAGGUCGCCUCGCGCCUGUGGGACACCCUCAAACUCGGCAGAUCAGUCGGUCGAUGUCUGCAACUGGGCCGACAGCUAGAGGUGCAGCACGCAGAGAUAGCCAGCGCAGCGGCAGGCGGGAAGAAGGAGGACCACCGCGCUCUCGUGCGGUGCGCCCACACCCUGAUCUCUCUGCGAGAAAUCCUCGAGUACCGGGCACCCGACGAAGAAGGGCACGGCCUGGAGAAGGUCGACGCCAUCGGGAGUCUGCAAGACACUGUCAUCGCGCCGAUUGAGCGGUCGGUGAGGAGGACCGCCGAGCAGAUCAUACGGGAGUUCACGAUCGGAUCCGCCUCGGGCACGACUACGUUUGCGCAGAGCGAGGAGACCAAGGCGCGGACUAUAUCGGCGGCCGUUACACUGUACCUGAUAUCACCAACUUCCGGCACGAAACCCGACAGGUGGGUUCCCCAGUUGCUUCUACAGGCGUUGGAGGUCUACCUGCGGAACGCAUUACAAAGUUCCAUCGCAUCACUGGCCCGGUCCCUCGCGACGCUCCCGUCCCUUGAACGAACCCUAGCCGAAGUGGCGGCGCGCUGCCAGAACAUCAUCGCGCUGGCGAUUAUCCUCGAGACGACCAAAGCCCCGGCCCAUCCGCUCGUACUGCCAUCGCCUACCAAACACGGCUCCGGCUCCGAGAAGAAGGACAACCUCCUGCAGCCGCUCCUGACCUACCUCGAGACGGGUUCGCUCGCGUCGUAUUUCUGGAGGACCAUGGCGAGCAGCCUGGCGCCGCGCGUCCAGGAGAUCGUCAACCGGGGCGGCGUGUCGGCGCGGACGUUGAAGUCGAAUCGUAAUGGUGUGGGAGAGGCUAUACGCGAGUGCGUUAUCCGUGGCAGCCAGCCUCCCAGUGCGGUGGCUACGAACAAAGGUCGGGCUGCUGCGAAGGGAGAGGCGGAGAAGAGCGGUGGGUGGGAUCGCGAGGUGGCGGUCAUGGUUGGCAGCGUCGUGGGCAAUCUGGGCCGGUGA